GAUACUUUGCUGCGCUACUUCUGAUGGCCUGUGCUUGCGAUGGCUACAGGAUCCUAGUCAUGUUCCCGUCUCCGGGCAAGAGCCAUAGCAUCCUAGCUCAGGGCUAUGUCCGGCAUCUCACUAGGGCUGGACAUGAGGUAACGCUUGUCACAUCAUUCCCAUCAAACAGCACAAAUCCCAAGAUGCGUGAAAUUGACGUCAGUGACAACUUGAUAACCGUUGAAGGGCGUGCAUUGAAAUUAGGAAGAAUCAUGAAGAAAGAGUAUGACAUAACAGACCAAAGCCUAACAAUAGAUUACUAUGGAAAGGUCGCUCAGAUGUCGCUGAGGAACAAGAAUGUACAACAACUAUUAAUGGACCACAACGAGCACUUUGAUGUGGUUAUUGCGGAGUGGCUUUUUGAUGAACUUUAUAGUGGGUUGGGUACCGUAUUCAAUUGCCCUUUAAUCUGGGCGUCCACGUUCGAUCCGCAUUGGCUGAUACUACGCCUGAUUGACCAGCCUAGCAACCCCGCGUACGUUGCUAACUGCAAGUCUCUCAACGUGCCACCCUUCACGCUGGUGCAGCGGAUGGAAGAGCUGUGGGCUUUCAUUCGGGUGUCUUUUGCGAAGUUAUUCUACUUUAAUCCAAUCACAGAAAAAGCCUACAAGGACAUUUAUGGGCCAGUGUUGGCAAAGAGAGGGAGGCCUCUGCCGUCAUAUGACGAUGUGUUGUACAAUGCGUCGCUCGUCCUGGCAGACUCCCACGCGUCGCUGGGGCAGGCCACUAGACUUCCACAGAAUUACAAAAUGAUUGGAGGCUACCACGUGGAAACCGAGGUUAAGUCGUUACCUCAGGAAUUACGAACGAUUAUGGACAACGCAGGACAGGGAGUCAUAUAUUUCAGCAUGGGAAGUAAGCUGAAAAGUACCGAUAUGCCGGAAGAGCUAAAAAAGCGCCUGCUUAAAAUGUUCGGCCUUCUGAAAUACACGGUUCUGUGGAAGUAUGAAGAAAUCCUGCCAGAUAUACCUGAAAACGUUCACAUUUUGCAAUGGGCUCCUCAACAAAGCAUUCUGGCACACCCUAAUUGCAUCCUCUUCAUUACACACGGAGGAUUACUGUCUACCACAGAAUCUGUUCACUUCGGCAAGCCCAUCAUCGCUAUACCAGUGUUCGGAGAUCAAUAUAUCAACAGUAAGAGCGCCGCGCACAAAGGAUUCGCUAAGGUGGUCGAAUUAGGCUACGAUUUAGAUAAGGACUUGAAGGAAGCCAUUGACGAGGUCACCAGUAAUACCAGGUAUAGUGAACGAGCAAAAGAAUUAUCAUUAAUUUACCACGACCGCCCGGUGCCCCCGGGCGCGGAGCUGGUGCACUGGGUGGAGCACGUGGUGCACACGCGCGGCGCGCCGCAUCUGCGCUCCCCCGCGCUGCUGCUGCCCUGGUACCAGAAGAUGUACUUGGACGCAUUAGCACUGAUGAUGGCGGCUGUGGCUGCUGUCGUAUAUGUGAUUGGGAAGCUAUGUAGUUUAUGCAAGACGAUUGUUAUUAAAGAUAAGAAGUAUUUAUAGUAA